AGAGUCCAAGAUAGUUCCUUGAUAAUUUGACUCGAGGUGACCCCUACAACGGAUAACAGAAAGAAGGUGGAGAUGGAUAUUUCCCACCAAUUAGGACAGGGACAACCUCAGAACUUUGUAGCAUUAAUAUAUAAAAAUAUGAUGAAAUAUUCUAUAGAAGACCCCUGUGGACUCUGCAGGAUUUCAGUCACUGUUUGAUGUUCCUCUAAGUUCUCCUUGUCUGAGCAGUGGAACUGCAGCCAGAAGACACACAAACAAAUGGCCUUUUGUUUAAAUGCAAAUAUCUUAAAUGAACAAACUAGAGGGAAGUAGAAAAGAGGUUGUCUGAGAAAGCCUAAAUGUUCAGAGACAUGGACUCCAUCCUGUUGCUCUUUAUGUUGCUGCUGAUCAGCAGAACUCAAGCUUAUCAUAUUUAUGGCACAGUGAUGACAUACUAUCCAAAGAAUACUUAUUCAGAUGGAUCAGUCUCAGUGAUUCUUCGUUACAAGUUGAACUACAUCUCAUGUGGUUUUGACGAUUCUUGGGUUUGCAGCGGCAACUGUGGGACUGCGACUCAGAGCCUCCCGGUCACCACUGUUGAUCAAAGCAGUGGUGAUGGGUGUCAAAGAGAAGGAAUCACAACUUAUCUGCUUCCCAACAACUCUCCACUUCAACUUACGCUGUCUGGUAAUUCCUGGACAACCAGCCUGAAUGUUAUUAUAUAUCGGAGAGCGGUGGCUGCUGUUGAACUGAGGAAACGUUCUGACAGCAGCAAACCCAACACGUCACCACAGACCACCAUCCUCCCAGUUAUCAGACUUCCUUCAAACUGUCAGAGAAAUAUUAACUUGUUGACCUUUGACCCUGAUGGAGACAUAGUUAAAUGCAGAUAUGGAAAUGAUAUGUUGUUUGAGUGUGACCCCUGCACACCACCACCUGUCCUCAGUGUCUCAUCAUCCUGCACUUUGUCAUUCAGCCCGAAUUCAAGCAGUAGUGAAAAUUCAUACGCAGUCCAGUUGAUGAUGGAGGACUUUCCCCAUCAGACCAUCACUCUGACUCACACCAGUGGUUCACAGGAGGUGAAAACUACCAGCAGUGCUAUCAGCAAGAUACCCAUCCAGUUUCUUUUGAAAGUGCUUCCUUUAAUACCGUCCUGCACCGAAGGUCUUUACCUGCCUAAAUUUGUGCCUCCGACUCCAGACAACGGAGCUCAGAUCAACAUCACAGUUAAUCAGAUGGUGGAAAUCCCCAUCAUCGCACAGGCAACUGCGUCACAGAUCAUUGAGCUUCUGUUCAGUGGACCGUACAAUGUGAUCAAGAGUACAUCAGGAUCAGGACGGUACACACUGACAUGGACCUCCUCUGACAGUGAAAGUGGACAGAGUCACUUCAUCUGCUUUGCCGUCCAGGCGAGCUACUCCAGUUUUCUGUAUCAGUCUGAGCUUCGAUGUGUGAUGGUUCAAAUAAUCCCACCACCACCACGUUUUGUUUAUUCUCUCAAUUUAAAAAUCUCAACUGCAAUGUCCCUGGAGAACAAUAAGGAGGUUAUUGAGAAACUGGUUAAAGAUGAGUUGAUCAAACGAGGGCUGACAUCAGAAAUGAGCGUACGACUUCUGAGGAAACGCUUAGUUCAACUUGCAGCAUCCUCAUCUAGUGGCUAAUCAUGGCGAUACACCUACUCCCUGGAAAUGUUUCUUUAAAUUUGGAUUUAACCCAUUUUUUAUAGUAUAUAAAUAUAUGUUUGUAAAUAAUACACAAUACACUUUAAUAUAAAUGUUUGUGUUCUACCUGAUUAAAACCUGGAACUGUGUUUAAACCAAGCAUGUGAAUCCAUCCAAAUAUAUAAUUCUUGUAUUUAUGCUCAAACAAAAAGUGAAGGUUGCCACAGUGAGGAGUUAUUUUAUUUCAAUGGGAAAGUUGGUUAAAUGUUUUUCAAGAAAAUCUGUAAACAUACUUUUUCUGUUUUGAAAUAUUUUUUGUGUAAAUAAACUAUAUGCUUCAGUGGAAACACAUGGAGCAAAGAGGAAACUCAUGAUUGUGAACUCUAGUGAUUAAUAUCUAACUUUAAGGACUGAAGGCUUCA